AUCGUAUGCCUACUAGAUUAAAUUUAAGGGUCCUAAUGAUUUUGAAAUAAAAGAACAAAUAAUUAAUUGUUGAGGAUUUAUACAACAGAGAUAAACUAAUUGUUGAGGAUUUAAUGUUCAACUUUUUAUCUUUAAUUUCUACUCUUUUUUAAUUGGAAUAUUUGCGAAUUACUACCUAGGUCUUUCGUGACUUUGCAAAUUACUACCUAGCUUAUUAAAAGUUGCAAAUUACUACCUACUUGUUUAGUUAUUGUUGUCAAUUACUACCUUAGCCAAUUUUCCGGUCAAUUAGUCACUAAUCAUAUCAUAAUUAACCGUUAAUCAUACUUUAAGUAUUUUAAUUACUUAAUAAAAAAAAAAGUUCCAAAACUGUUUAAAUCAAGAAUUGAAAAUGCCGAAAAAAGAAACCAAAAAAAAAAAAUUAAAUUCUCACUCCUCCAUUGUUGUGCGCCUGCCUCCACUUCCCAAAGAUUGAGAGAGAGCUACGCUUUGGUGCAUCACCCAUCUGCAAAAAAAGAAAUGGGAUGUGACGGGUCAAUUUUACUGGAUGAUACACCAAGUUCAACCGGGGAGAAGUCUUUAGUUGUGAAUCUUAACACGACAAGGGGGUAUGAAAUCAUUGACAAGAUCAAAGCCCGACUUGAAAAAGCAUGUCCUGCGGUUGUUUCUUGUGCUGAUAUUCUAGCAGUGGUUGCUCGAGACUCUGUUGUUGGGCUUGGUGGACCAAAUUGGAAUGUACCAUUGGGGAGAAGAGAUUCUACUGAAGCACAUCCAUAUUUAACUGAAGCAAUAGCUCCUCUCUUUCUUGCGGGUCUAGAUGCAAUCAUUUUAUUCUUUGAAGCAAAAGGCUUCACUAAGAAUGAAUUUGUCGCUUUACAAGGUUCUCACACGAUAGGCAUGGCAAGAUGCUUAACCUACAAAAACCAUAUCUAUGAUGAUAAGAACAUAGACCCGGCCUACGCAGCGUCAUUACGAGCAAAUUGUCCCAAGCAAGGAGGAGAUAGCAAAUUAACACCAAUUGACUCCACAACUCCAUUUGUGUUCGACAAUAUGUAUUUUAUUAACUUGAUGAAACAAAAAGGUCUUCUUGUCGCAGAUCAACAACUAUACACAGGAAAGGGAGGAACCGCUGACGCCAUUGUCGCAAAUUAUAGUUCAAGUAAGGAUAACUUCUUCAACAAUUAUGUUACAGGAAUAGUAAAGCUCGGAAAAAUGGGGGUUCUUACUGGAAAAGAUGGAGAAAUUAGAACUAAUUGCCGGAAGGUCAAUGGUGCAAAAGCUUGAACCUUGCUAUAGAAGGGAGCGAAAUUUCGAUUGCUAUAGAAGGGUGCAAAAACAUGUACCAUUACGAUUAAAACAUGUACCAUUGAAAUUCAAUUUAUUUACAGAAAUGCCCCUGUGACGUGUUUUGAAACACAUCACAACAUGCCGAAAUGACUUCCUCUAGAAUGUAACAUAAAACAUGUGUUAAUGUCUAAUGGACCACCCAAAUAAAUGAAAAAUAUCAUUAUUAAUUGGGUGUGUUCCGUUUAGUUCACCUUAGUUCUCUUAUUCUAGUCUGAUCUGAUAUUGUUAAGAUCUAACCCAUGAAACGUCACGUGU